UUCAACUCCCAGGACCUCAGCGGCUGCCUACGACAGAUGCCAAUCACCGGCUUACUCUGAUCCGGGCGGUGAGCUGAGUAAAUCAGAGUGGGGCAAGAAACCGGAAAAAAUAUCACAGUCAUCUGUGCACCAAACUACCUAUGAAUGUACAUGUAUGACCUUGUGUAUAAGAACACAGGCCCUUUCCAAUCUCCUAAAGGAAGCGGAGCACACACCAAGAACUUCGAAAGGUCUGAAAGCUGUUGACUGUUUCGAAAGGAAUAUUGUUUGUAAGGCACAAGGUGUCUUGAGAGUGAGCAACCUCGGGGCGCAUGCGCAAAUCCUUUCCGGAAUUAUUGCUGUGCCUUGGACUAAGUUGCAUUCCUUGAAUCUUCACAGAAAAAGAGAAUUCUUUAAUCAGAGUUAGGAAUGUGGACAGUUCAAAAUCGGGAGUGCCUGGGGAUUCUGUCUUUCCCUAUGAUGAUAGCUAUGGUCUGUUGUGCACAAAGCGCUAAUGAACCCAGCAACAUGUCAUACGUGAAAGAGACAGUGGAUAGACUGCUUAAAGGAUAUGACAUUCGCUUGAGGCCAGACUUUGGAGGCCCUCCUGUUGAUGUGGGGAUGAGGAUAGAUGUCGCCAGCAUAGAUAUGGUUUCUGAAGUCAACAUGGACUAUACACUUACAAUGUAUUUUCAGCAGUCAUGGAAAGACAAAAGACUGUCUUAUUCUGGAAUCCCAUUAAACCUCACUCUGGACAACAGGGUAGCAGACCAGCUCUGGGUGCCGGACACAUACUUCCUGAACGACAAGAAAUCUUUUGUGCAUGGGGUUACAGUAAAGAAUCGGAUGAUCCGACUGCAUCCUGAUGGAACAGUUCUUUAUGGAUUACGGAUCACAACAACAGCUGCUUGCAUGAUGGAUCUGCGAAGAUAUCCUCUGGAUGAACAGAACUGCACGCUAGAGAUUGAAAGUUAUGGUUACACCACUGAUGACAUUGAAUUUUACUGGAAUGGAGGAGAAAGUGCAGUAUCAGGGGUUAACAAUAUUGAAUUGCCUCAGUUUUCAAUUGUGGAUUACAAGAUGGUUUCAAAGAAGGUGGAAUUCACAACAGGGGCAUAUCCACGGUUGUCACUGAGUUUUCGGCUUAAAAGAAACAUUGGUUACUUCAUUUUGCAAACUUACAUGCCUUCAACACUGAUUACAAUUCUGUCCUGGGUAUCUUUUUGGAUCAACUAUGAUGCAUCUGCAGCCAGAGUGGCACUAGGAAUCACCACUGUGCUGACCAUGACCACCAUCAGCACUCACCUCAGGGAGACCUUGCCAAAGAUCCCCUACGUCAAAGCAAUUGAUAUUUACCUGAUGGGCUGCUUUGUAUUUGUGUUCCUGGCGCUGCUUGAAUAUGCCUUUGUAAAUUACAUAUUCUUCGGGAGAGGCCCUCAGAAAAAGGGAGCUGGGAAAACAGAUCAAGGGGCUAAUGAGAAGAACAAACUGGAAAUGAAUAAAGUCCAGGUUGAUGCUCAUGGCAACAUUCUUCUUAGCACCCUGGAAAUAAGGAACGAAGCCAGUGGUUCAGAAGUGCUUACAAGUGCUAGUGACCCCAAAGCCACCAUGUAUUCCUACGACAGUGCAAGCAUACAGUACCGGAGGCCCCCCACCAGCCGGGAAGCCUAUGGCCGAAGUGCUCUGGGUCGGCACACCAUUCACAACAAGGGACGUAUCCGGAGGCGGGCAUCGCAGCUUAAGGUCAAGAUCCCAGAUUUGACUGAUGUGAAUUCUAUAGACAAGUGGUCAAGGAUGUUUUUUCCAGUCACUUUUUCUCUUUUUAAUGUCAUCUAUUGGCUUUACUAUGUGCACUAAAUUCUGUAAUGAUAACAUAAUUUAGAUCAUUACCCUCCUCUAUUGUUCUUUCUAACCUCACAGGUUCCUAGCAGCUACACUGCUAUAUUUUUAAGGUAAGGUAUUCAGCCAUCCACUUGAUUUUAGUUCCUACAUAUCGGUUUUAUUACUGUACCAUGUUUACUUCAAAUCAGAACAUUAUUGCCCCCCCCGUACAUUUCGGUCCAGAUUAUUAGCUCUUUGGGAGCAGCUUUGAAACAAUCACUAUUUAUCACCAUGUUUACAAAAAAAACCAAUGACAACAACAGAGAGAUCUAGGGCAACUUUUCCUAAUAUCUCUCAAUUUGCUUUUUUUCUCCUUUUUUAAGAAUGAAAACAAAAAGAAAACCUUGCUCUUUUCCUGUAUUGCUUCCUGGUGAUCUGUAACAUCAUGCUGCCAAAAAAAAAAAAAUUCUAAUGUUUCAGAACAAGCCAUUGACAAGUUACAGAUUCUCAGGAAAUCUCUGUUCCCUCCACCCCACAACAGAGGGAAAACAAGGAAUUCCAAAGAGUGAAAAAGAUUCUCCCACCCACCCCACUGCCAGAAUCUACUCUAUACCUAGUGUGAAAGUUUUCCUAAUCUGUGGGGUGGAGAGUAGAGGAGGUAGGGGUGGAAGGGAGACAGAGACGUCAGCAAUUUGCCUUUAAUUGUGCUUGUCCCGAGUUUGUAUCAAGGUCCUGCAUUUCCUGUUUAAAUGAUGUACUAUACCUUUAAGCCAGAUCUUCUGGAAAGGACUUAUUGAUAGGACUGUCAGGCAAAAUGUAAAUUAACUUUAGAUCCAAGCUUGUUUGUUAUUGUGAACAUCUUUUCUUCUUCUGACUUAGAAAAUUUUGUGGCAUUGUGCCAUUUUUCUAAAAGACUAUUUCAACUGAAAAGCCCUUGCCUCACAUCAUUCACCCCUUCCUUGAUGCUCUCCUAUCAUGUUAUAAAGUCCCUGCUGCAGAUGAGAGAGAAACAUAAAAAGACAAGAGACAGAGACACACAAAGAGAUAGAGGAAUGCAGAGACACACAGAAAGACACCAACUAGAACACACCUGGAAAAACAGAGACACACAGAUACAUCAAGAGGCAAACACAAAGAAAGAAACAUAGAGAGAGAAGAAGCCAAUAUUUUAUUGAGAAAUAAUUUUCUCCUUUCCAUAUGUGAGGCAAGACGUAUGUGCUGAGAAGGCAUGAGAACUGCCAAAAAUAACAUGAAAAAGUAGGUAUUUCUCAGAGUUUCAAGAAGCAUUGUCUAAAUCAUGCACUGGUUACAAGAUUCAGAGGGAGUUCAGAAGCAAGGCAUUAGCUUACUGUUGGUUAGUAAAAUAAAUGUAAAUAUUCUACACAUGCUCCAGAGUAUAAAAUGUAAAAUGAAUUCUCUGGGACAGUUUUGGGAAAACCAAAACGAUUGUUCUCCUAUUCUAUUGAGAACCUUUCUCCAUUUUCAGAAGACUUCAUUGAAGCAUGGUUAGUUUCAAGGGAAAAAAAAUAAUCAGUGGGCCUGCAAAAAUGGCCUUCUAGGAACAGGAAGGUAUCACUUCAAUUCCACCUCUACACCAGAGGAGGGAAGCCUCUCCUUCUCUUCCCUGCCCCACCCCCAGUUCCUCACCAUGCCCCUCCCUCCUUCCCAUACCUACCUGGAGGAGAGGUGGCCACGAUUUGCCAAAGGCAUGAAGGUGCCUUGGCGGCACCUGUCUCCUUCCCCUCUUCUCUCUCUCCUUCUUGCCUCCAACUUUCCAGAGCCCUACCUACCACUCAUAACAGAUGGGAUUCUUUCUCUCUCUCUCUUCCUCAUUUCCUACACACAAUGGUACAUACAGAUGUCAUUAAACAUUCUUAGUUACCUUUAGCUCAUGUCCAAUCCUGGGAGAAUCAAGGCUGAACAUUAUGGAGAAAAUAAAUAUUUAGCCUUCAACUGGUCAUUUUAUUCAUGUGCUUUAAAAUGGCCAUAACCUGUUAAAUUGCUUAAAUGACAGAAGGAGCUGGGGGGAAAAAAGAAGGAAAAUGAUGUGGGCUAAUUAUGUCCUGCUAUAGCCUUAGAGAUAGAUGUCCAACUGUUCAAGUUUCCCAAACAUUGAAGUAGAUUCUCCCAGUGUAGAUGCAUGAUAGAAUCGAUCUCUCACAUCACAGAUGUUACUGCACAUUCAUUCCUUUGCAUUCAUGUUACUUUGGCCAUAAUGUUACACAUGAUGUGCAUUACACUUACCAGCUUUAGGAGGCAGAUACUCAGGUAAAAACAUGUUUAGGGCUGGAAUUACCUGAGAGAGCUUUGCCUCCAUUCUCUUUUGCCAAAUAGAAACAGGAGACUGGCCGGUCAUGUUGCUGGUGGAAUGAGGCAAAAUGUUCUCACAGUCCAACCUUUCUAGUGCUUUACACUGGGAAACAGGAGAAGGAAACAUGUCAUGUGCAAAAUGAUGCUGGUUCAUGGGUCCAAGAGUGGGAUUUUCUUAAAUGAACAUUAUAUAUGAUACUUGGAAACAUUCUCAAGUACAUUCCGUCUUUCUGAAGUUGGUGACUAUUUUAUAACAUCUGUUUGAGAAGCUUAAUUACAACUUGCCAAAUGAAAAUAUAUAUUUCUAAUGCCAGACAGAAAGAAUUUCCAAGAUAUCUUAUAAUGAUGUCUAUUACUUAGCAUCUUACCAAAGGGUGAUAUUCCACUGUUUUUUCUAAACAAAGUAUAAUCAAAAAAAGCAUUUGUUUUGGUUCACUUUGGUUCAGUUGGCAAUUGUGGUGAUGGCAAUGACAGAAUAAAAUGUCUCAAGAAAGAAAAAGCAUGCCAAGAUAAAAAUUCUAAGAGGGGUGUGGAAUAAUACCUUAGCAGCCUCUAGCAAGGCAGAUGUAAAUGCUCAUGUAAAUUCUGUAUAUAUUUCAUUGAAAUGUUCUGUCAUCUUAUGUUGUGUGUGGUUGACCAUGGCUUUGAAUGGAUGCUUAAAAAACCUGAGACCUGUAAAUAAUGUUCACAUGUUCUGACGGCUGCUUUCAGUGCUAGCCCGCAUUGUCAUCAUUCGGGCCCAAACCAGAAUCUUUCAGCUCUUGUUCAUUCUCAGCCAUUUUCUGGUGCAGUUCUGUGAUCCUGCUGCAAGGCAUUGCAAGGUCCGUGUGUUCAGUGCCUGCUCCCUCCCCCCUCACACUGGCUGGGGCAGUGGCUGUUGAGGGUGUCUAAUGGAGAUGGGGGGAAUCCACAACACCAGCAGAAACUGCUAGGCCUGCCAGUCACUGCUAGUGCUGCCUCAUGGAAAGUAGAAGGUUGUAACUCCUGAGAGUUUAUUUAAUGCCUAUUUGUUUAUCCAGAUCUCAAUUAUCAGUGCUUAUUAAAGGGGGUCAGGGAUGGGAUGAAAAAUUGAAAUCUACAAAUAACCCAAAGCCUAGUUUUUGCCAAAUCCUUGCACUCCUAUUGUUCUCCCCACUCAAUUUCCUUUUUUUUUUUCACCUGUUUUACUAACUAGGAGCCAAAAGAGAAACUUGUAGUUUUCCAAAACUUUCUGGUUUUUCUUUCUAUCUUUACAAAAGUUUCAGUGUGGUUGAUAAUAAAAGAUUAAAUACUCAAAGAGAGAAGAAAAGGGAAGAGAAGCAAAGGAUGUGGAAUCCACACAGAGCCAAAGGAAUUCACAAAUGAGAUAAUCCAGCUAUAAAAAAAUGUGGAUAAGAAAUUAUCUGUGGUCCUAUAAUACGUCAUGUGGGGCCAUCCAAGCUCCGGUGGAGAUGCUUGUUCCAGAAAAAUGCAUUAUUUGAACGUAUCUGGUUUUGUAGUACCAUAGAAAAAGCAAUAGACUUGGGAGGUAGAGGAAUGAAUUCAAAUCUAGGGUUUAUCAUUCAUAUAUAUAUAAUCCAGUCAGUUCCCCCAAGUGGGGAUCUGUUUCCUUUUAUGUAAAAUAAAGGGACUGGAUGGAUGAUCUUCUAAGGUUCCACACAACUUUCACAUCCAGUUACAUAACAAGUUUUUUUGUCAUGUACAGGAAAGAUUUAGAAGAAUACAUUUUGACUCCCCCUUGAUGAGCUUAUGUGGCAGGAACUCAGCUUGACUGACAGCUGUCAAUUUUCAACCAGUCUAUACAAUCUGAAAAUUGCUGAGAAGCGUAGAUUUUUCUAGGCAUUUAAACAUAAAAAUUUGAUACCAUAAUCAUCAUGGGCUAUAAGGAUACUAAGACUUCAGUUGGUUUUCUUUUUUUCUUUCUCCUUGAGCUUUCACAUCCAAAGGUUAUUCAUAUCCAAAAAAGGAACUCAUAGUAGUUCCUGGAGUACCUGCCCCCCACCCCCAACAUGUAUCUAUCCUCAUCCUGGAGUAAUAAAAGCUAUUCAGAAAAGUUAGUAGGGUAAGCAAUGGGAAGGUGGGGGGGAGGCACAGUGGUUGAAUUUGUGGUCCAGUUUGGCAGGACAACGAUACAGAACAACUCUGCCUGCCUUGCCUGCCACAUUAGACAAUCAAAACUGAGCAUCCAAAUAACAGUAUAUUUGCCUCAGGUAGACAUGGUCACAAGAUCAAAACUAUCACUGAGAGAAGCUGGAGAGUACCAAGGGUUAACACCCCACUCUUGUAUGAGGGGUAUAUAAGCAGAGGUAUCUUGUAAUACCCCACUUCUAUUCCUAAACCAGUAAAGGGAGGAGGGAGGUAUAUUUCCAGGCAUGGCUUUUUUUCCUGAAUGCCAGUUAUUGAAAUUUUAAAACUAGAUAUGCAUCUUUAAUCCUCUUGGCCUCUGUAAAGCAUUUCCUUUCUGAGAUCAUCUUUCCCGUGCCAGUUCCUUAUCUGGAAUUUGUUUCAUUUUGCCUCAGGUAACAUGAUUGAAAAGACUUAUUUUCUAAGGGGAUUUUUUUUCUUUUUUUUCAUUCCCAACUUUCACAAAGUAUCUUGAAAACUCAGCCCAUAGUAUCUUCAUUUCAUCAGGUUUGGAUAUCUUCUAGUCAUAGGUAGUCUUCACUAAAAAAAAAAAAAGGCUUUAAAAAAAAAUCUCAGAUUCCUGCCUCAGUUGCCUUAUUCUCUAAGUAGCUACUUUUAAAACCUUUGAGGGUGGCAUGUGGGACUACAUUAGCCACUACCACUGCCAUUCUCUUCCACAUUAUUUCCGUGUAUUUCUAUAUAUGUGAGGAAUGCCCACUUCCUGGAAUAUGUGAGUGUGUUAAGAAACCUCCAAUUUCAGACCAAUUCCAAAUUAAGUGAGAAUAUCCUUGCUUACCUUAAACUAAAUCUAUGGGAACCCAUGGGAUUUAUACCAGAUCACUGAAAUAUCCACACAAAGAUAUUCCCUCUGAGGUUCCUUUUAUCUCUAACUCAAUAAUUCUAUGACAACCUCACCUUGAAUUUCAUAUAUGUAAAUAAUAUUGUGAAAUAACACUAAAUCUACCCAUAGCUUAAUUAUGACAAAUUUUAGUCUGAAUAAUUUACUCCUUUCUAUUUUAGUCCUUCAAGAACGGUAUACCUUACUGUCACUAAAUGUUUUAUCUUUUCCCAUUAGAAUGGCAGAUAAAAUACUAAUUUUCAUCUUGUCCUUUGCAGAUGACCAGGCCUAUGUUCUACCCCAUACCCCUCUCUCCCCAACCUUGUAGUUCUUGCCAAGUCACAAAUAAAUAUAAGUAACACAUCUAUAAAAAGUUAAAUAAUUGUAAGUCUUGAAUGGGAAAUAACAUAUUGAAGAAAAAGCACUGGAGUGGGAAUUAAGAAAACUAGAACCUGGUUCUGGAUUAGCCACUAAAUAUAUUUUUGACCUAGAAUAAAAUACAAUGGUUUGUGUGGGCCUUGAAUGCCUCAUUUGUGAAGUGAAGGGCUUAGGCUACAAUGAUCUCCAGCCCUAAAAAUCUAUAAUGUGAUGAAGUCUCUAAGUCCUACAUAUCUGUCUAAGUAGAGAAGCAGCAUAGUGUAUUAGAAAGAGCACUGAACUUGGGGACUCAGAGGGUCUAGGUUUGAGUCUUGGCCUUGCCGUUAUUAACUGUGAGUCCUUGGGAGCAAGUUCUUAAACCUCUCUAGGUCUAUUUGCUCACCUGGAAGAUAAGGAGAGGAGGAACCAAAUUAUCUGUCAGGCCCCUUCCAUCACUAAAAUCAAAGAUCUUCAGGACUAGUAAGUUAAUUAAAGAUAAUUGAGUCCAAACCCUUAUUUAUGCUUUUUGCAGAUGAAGAAACCAAGACUCUGAAAAAUUAAGUGAUUUACCCAAGGUCACACAGCUAAAUAAGUAGGGAAAACAGAAUUUGGACAAGGGUCUUCAGAAUCUAAAUCCAAACCCAAUGGGAUUUCCAUUACAGCACACUACCUAACAUCUGGGCAGUUACUGAAUUUGUUACAUUGUUCCAUUUUUUCCAAGCCUCAAUAUUUAUCUUUCCAUGUACCAUAACUCUAACAAAUAUAGAAAUUGUUAUCAGUUCUUUAUUUUUAUCAUUCUGACCUAAAAUUUCUUUAUGCCUUUUCCUGACCCAUCAACCACUCAAUUAAAUUCAGUCCAUUCCAAGUAUUUCUUAAAACAUCCAAUGUGUGCAAGGCACUAUGUGAGGUCCUGGGAAUCCAAAUUUGGGAGCAGGACGAGAGGGGGACAUUAGCCCUUGUUUUUCAAGGAACAUACAUCCUUCCAAACAGUCUAUAAAGAGGGGCCAUGUAUUAUAAAAUUGAAAAAGUAAGUUGGAUUCAGAUGUGGAGAGCCUUAAAUUCCAUCCCUAAUGACAACAGAGAUGUAGUAAAGAUUUUUGAGCAAAGGGUAAUAUGGUCAGAACAGUGGAUUUGGAAGAUUAUUUUGGCAGGGAGGACUGUAGAAGGAAUAGGCUAAAGGAAAGGAGCUCAAUUAGAUGGCUACCAAAAUAGUCCAGGUAAGAGGUGGUAAAAUUCUAAAUUAGGAUAGUGACCAUGUAAAUAAAGAAGAGGAUGGACAGGAGAGAUAUAGUCAAGGCAGAAUCCAGAGUACUUGGCAACUAUUGGAUAUGGAGGGGUGAGGGAGGCAGAAGAAUUGAAAGUUUUAGAGGUUAUGAAUCUAGGUGACUGGUUUCCUAUUCAAGAGAAAUAGGGAAGUAUGGAGGAGGGACAAGUAAAGAGGUUAGUCUCAAAAAUAAGAAGGGCUAUUUCUUCUUCUGAGACUAAGGCAAAGAAGAAGACAGUGAAAAUAGAAGUGUUGAGGUGUGAUGUAGGGAAAAUGAAGGAGUUCAUAAGAAAUGGCCUUAAUUUUCUCAGUGGAGCAGGAAGUGAUAUCCUCUUGGGGUGGUAAGGGAAGAAUAGGGGCCACAAGUUAGAAAUAGUCACUUCUAAGUGUGUGAUAAAGAGACAGUGGGGAAGAAUAAAGUGACUGCAAUUUGGCCAUGAUUCAGUCUAAAAUCUUUAAUUGAUCGUAUGAUUCAGAGCUGUAAGAAACUUCAGGUAAAAGCCCUGUCUUCUAUCUGUAUUCUACAGAGUAAUGGUCUGUAAAUGUUGACUGAGUGUCUACACUACUCAGUCAACUGUAAAGUUGACUAAGUGUCCACAGUUCCUGUUUACAUAGAUGAGGAUUGGCUGUCCCAAAAUAUACUUACAAGAGCUCUUCUGAAGGACAAGAAGAAGGGUAGAGUGGCUGUUGGAUACUGCCCUUUGUUCGUAGGAAUAUCAAAGGCUGCUUUCUAAACAAUUGCCAUGGGUGGAAUAAAUGCAAAGAAAUGGCCAGACUACCCUGUUGAGACCCCCACCAACUGAUAAUCUCAGAUACCACGUGCCCUCUUAGAUGAAUUUUGUUCUAUUUUUCCCCCUUGUUUUGUUCCCUUGGUCAACCAAAGCCUCUCUUCAUAGGUUACCUGCUCAUACAGUUGUGAUUGAACUAUGAGUAAUUUAUGGCAUUAAGCACUAAAGUGACCCCAGUGUGAAUCCUAACGGGAAUCACAACAGGGAACAUCCUCUGCUAACUGUGAUGGUAAUCAGAGAAUAAUUAUGAGACCUGAAAACUAAUCAAGAAGUAUUUUGGUCCUUGAUACACUCCUAAGACUUCAUCUAGAGCCACUAUGAUAAAAAUUCUUUUUCAUAUGCUCCUUAUUAAUCUUCCUGUUUUCUUGUCCAUAAAUUACUCAUAUUUUAAAAUAAUAAUUGUACCCUUUAAUGAUUUACCUUAGGAUGACAGUCAGAUACCUUAUUUCUGCUAGAUGAUCAGAUUCUCAAUUAUUUCUGUUAUUCACCACCUACGAUCCUUCUAUGCCCUCUUUUCCAAUAUCUUAAUCAAAUCAACUCAUUUUAACUUGCUUCUUGCAUCUGGAUGCAGCUGGAAUCAUCUAUGAAUAUACUGCAGCAAUAUCCCUAAAACCCUCCCAAUAAGUCCCUUUGUUCAUUUUCUCUAAACUCACUGGAGAUUGUUCAGAUUUGGAAACCUUAGUAUUCAUUCAAUUCAGUGAGAUUACCCCAGUAUUCUCAGUCACACAUACACACAUAAACAUACAUUUACUGUAAUUAUAUGUUGCAUAAUUUGUUCUUUUCUAGAGAAUUCAUAUUAUUUACAAACAACCCAACUGCUAAAAAUCACCAUGUGACAAUUAUUACAAAAAUAAGAGUGUGUCAUUUCAUGUGUCCGAAUAUCAAAUUUUUUAAAAGUCAAGGUUUUCUGAACUUAUUUUGUAAUGAAUGAAACAUUCUUCUCCUUUGCUUUUGGAUGACUAGGUCGCAUUUGGAGGUGCCAUGAUAGAAGGCUAAUAACCAAUGUGAAGCCAAGUAUUGCUUUAGGGCUCAGUGGCAAAAUGAAAUGACAAGUUUUUUCCCAUUAAAAAAAAAACCACAAACUCUGUUGUUGAUGAGGAAUAGGAAAUGUGUGUUGGGGUGAGGAAAGAUGAACUGAACAUUUCUAUCACAGAUAUCCAUAUUGAACUUACCAUAUUUCAAUUCUCCCCUUGAUUCUGCCAGAUUAGACACAACCUGAAGUGAUAGGCCUUUAUAAAGGAAUCUAUCAAGUUUAUGAAGGCAGAGUUAAUCUAUUUUCUUAAGUAAUAAACUAGAUAUCAUAGUAUCCUUCUGGCAAUGAAACAUGCCUCUGGAGUCUCAUCUAACAGCAGGUGAAGUACCUCUGGAGAGCCAUCUCACAUGUACAAGUAAAUGAAAUUUCUUAUACCAGCCUCCCUGUGAAGAUUAUUGUACUUCACUAACAUGGUGUCCUGUUCUAAAAAACUGGGUUUUUCUAAAGCAGGUGCCACCCUUCUAGAAUAAAGAUAUAUCCACUGAUGCCUCUUACACAGUCAUAAUUUGCAAUUCUUAUGCAAGGGAUAAGCAUCACAAAAUGCACAAAGAAAAAAUGAAUUCAACUGAAGGGGGCAUGGUGGGAGUAGGAAGUGACCCCAGACUAUGCCCUUUGAAGGAAGAAGAGAAAGAGCACCAAGUCAAGUUGUAUCCACCUUCUAAAGAGUACAAGUGUUGUGAGCAUCCUCCAAAUUCUAGUGCCCUGGAGCAAAGCUGCCAGUUACCCCUUGUUAUGACUCUGUUCUCAGAAAACAUUCCAUUUCUGCUAAACUCGCCAAAUAUUUCUAGAAUGUUAGAUGGUUCGAUUCCCUGAA